UUGAGAAGCUAGCUUCCACUGUGCUUUGGAAACUCUCCACUCCAUGCAGCUAUACUGAAACGAAAUCCUGAUUGUCUUAUGUAGGUGUUCAUUCAAUUAUUUCUUUGAUUCUUGCUUUCAUUUUGGACCGUGCUGCUCAUCAUCACAGGACCAUGGCUACUCCACCUGCCUCGCCUCCUCCUCCUCUUCCUCCUCCUCCUGCAGACGCUGAUGCGUCUCCAUCUACGUUGAAGCGGACACGCAAGGCGACACGGCUACGAUCAUUGGCCACUAGACCACCUGGGGCAGAAAGACCUGUGGUCAACGUCGAUCCUGCUACCGGCAAGGCCGACGGUCCCCACAAGAAGAAAUUAAGAACAUAUUUGGGGAUUGUCGCUCGUGAUAAGGUCGACGUGACAUAUGACACCUGGAAGGAAGUCCCUACUGCUCAGAAGGAUUUGAUAUGGGAGGAUAUUCAGGCGGAAUUUCAAAUCCCUGAAGCUUCUGACAGUAGGACAAAGAAGAAAAUUCUUCAGAUUGUCGGCGAGCGCUGGAGGUAGUUUAAAUCUGACUUGACUAGGAAAUGGGCACUUGCAGUCGACAAGGACAGUGCGGACGACA